GUCUUCUUUCCACUUCUGCUCUCCUAUAUAAAGGCACACAAUGCAACAAUUAGAGCAACCUCUUUGAGUCUUUGGAGUGCCCCUCAAAUCCUCACAUACUCCUUAGGAGUUAAAAGAGCUUCACCCUGAGAAUGGCAGCCCCUGAUGCUUUCCUCUUGGCCUCUGUUUUUGGUAUUCUAGGUAACAUCGUGGCCUUCAUGGUGUACCUAGCGCCACUGCCAACAUUUUAUAGAAUUUUCAAGAAAAAAUCAACAGAAGGGUUCCAGUCCAUACCUUAUUCGGUGGCUCUGUUUAGCGCCAUGCUUAUGCUCUACUAUGCCUUCCUCAAGACCAAUGCUUUUAUGCUCAUCACCAUCAACUCCGUUGGUUGCAUCAUAGAAACCAGUUACCUUGUAAUGUACAUGAUUUAUGCACCAGCAAAAACCAGGAUUUACACAGCAAAGCUUCUUGUCCUUUUUAAUGUGGGGGUUUAUGGUGUGAUCGUAUUGAGCACCUACCUAAUUCCAAAUCAUUUUCUGCGGAUUAAAGUUGUUGGGUGGAUUAGUGUUGUGUUCUCUGUCUGUGUGUUUGCUGCUCCUCUGAGUAUAAUGAGGCUAGUUAUUAGAACGAGGAGUGUGGAGUUCAUGUCCUUCCCUUUGUCAUUCUGCUUAACUCUCUGUGCUGUAAUGUGGUUCUUCUAUGGCCUUCUAGUGAGGGAUUUGUUCAUAGCGGCACCAAACAUCCUCGGUUUCGCAUUCGGGUUAGCGCAGAUGAUUAUGUAUCUGAUGUUCAAGAACUCAAAGAAAUCUAUGUUACCAGAAUUUAGCCUCAAUCAGAUACCAAAUGUGGUUGCAGUAAAUGACAUUGUAGCAAGUGACAGUCAAUUGAAAACAGAGGACACAAAGAAGAGUUCUGAAGCUGAGGAGAAUCAGUCAACAGAGAGCAUGACAAAUGAUAGAAGGGCUGGAGAUGCAGCUGCUGCUGAGCCAAAUGAAUCAAUUGUGUGAUCACCUAGACUAGACCAAAUGAGCCAAGUGAAUCAAUUACGUGAUUGCCUAGGGUUGGCAAAGGGGCACUAUGGAGAUAUUGCCAAUUAGCAUAGGGUUUUUUUUAAAUAUAUUUUUAUUUUCUAUAACAGAUAUUGGAGGGAAUCGAACGGUAGACAUCAUAUUGACAUUCUAUUUCUCCAUGAUUGUCUUUUUCCCUUGCUCAUACCUUA